AUGCAAGUCCUCGAUCUCCUAUCUAACGUAUCAAAGGAGACUCUCAAGCGGGCAAACCCACUGCCUUUACUUGAAAUUACAAGUAGCUUCGAAAAUUCAUUCAUUUCUAGAGCCAUUAAAUGGGUAGUUUUCGCGGUGUUGAUUCUGAACGUCAAAAGUUUGCCUGGUGCUUGGCAUGUACGCGUGUUGAUGCCAUUGUUGAAGCAUCGAUUAAGCGGGCUGAUAAAUAGGCGUGGUGAUGGGUACGAAUGGUGGACUAGUGUUAGUCCUGUUGGACGUAGUGUUUUCCCUACACUAGACGGUUCAGAUAAAGGAGCUCUAGUUGUUCUGAAAUGUCAAGCCACCUUAGAUGACUGUGACUGGAUUGGCCACCUUUCAAAUUCUUCUUAUGCUAAGAAUCUCGAUCCAGCUCGCAUGAACAUGUUGUUAUCGUGGUUUCCGGCUUUCUUCAAUGAUGGCGGAAUGGCUGCACUCGGAGCCGCUCAUUACCAAUACAUCAAGGAGAUACCUAUGAAUAGAAGAUACGAGAUCCGCUUAAGUAUUGCGCUUAAAUACGAUGCGAUUGCCUCUGAACCCAAGGUAUACUGUGUUGCAAAGUUUGUUUCUCACAAGAAACAGAAAAUCAAAUCUACAGAGCACAGCACCAACGCAUCCACACCUCUAAUUCCGCCCAUCUCUGCCCCGACAACCCCGUUUGAAGCUGAAACCUCGACACCUGCUGAGCUGAUCGACCGGAAAGUACAGGAAGAAAGGGACCUGGACACCUCUAUCGUUGAUAGCGGGCUCAAACCUGCUACCAAAAACAAAAAGACUCUUCAGACACACGAUGAUGAUGGAGCUUUGAUUCAUUGUAUUGCUGUAUCGGCAAUUUGUUUUAAGCACGGACGGAUUACUGUACCACCAAACGUGGUCCUGGCUACGUCCGGAUAUUCAUUAACAGAGACCGGCGACAAAAGUAACUGGUUGAAUGCAAAGCGCCUUAGAGAACGCGGGACGGCGGCAAUGACAGAGUUUUUCAGAGGGGGGAAGUUAGAGGAGAACAAGUUCUGGCAAGCUGGGCCAAAGGUCGAGGAAGAGCGUAAUAGGAGACUAGCUGAGCUCAGGAAGUUGACCGAGGGAAUGAAUGGGCUACGUGUUUAA